CCCGAAGAAACCUGUUAAGCCAAAGAUCUUCAUUGAACGAAGUUGGUUUGUGUCAAAGAAAUGCAACUGACGCAUUGACGUACAUGUCUAAAAUUCGCGUCUUUCAGUGGAAUUGCAGGUCGGAAAUGUACAAAGAGUGGAAGCCUAAGAAUUCAGCGUAAAGAAUGAACUAUUUAGGUCGUUUUGUGUCGAACGUUCGAGGAUUUUACAACGAGAUAAACUCGGCCACUCUUACUGGAGCUAUCGAUGUUGUAGUGGUACGACAGGAAGAUGGGUCUUACAUUGGUUCGCCGUUCCACGUUAGAUUUGGAAAACUUGGCGUACUCCGAAGUCGAGAAAAGAUCGUAAGUAUAAUUGUUUCUUUUGUAUUCUGUAGCUUCGUAAACCUUCGCAAGUUCUACCAUAGAUUUUCUAUGAUAAUCUUCGGAGUGCCACAUUCUUCAUAUUAUAUAACCUUACUCAGCGAAACAUCGCUGACAAAACUGAAAACAGAAAUGGGAAUGAAUCGCCCUGAUUUUUGAACAAAUAUCGCCUUCAAAGGUUGUAUUAGCGCAAAUGGUUUAAUUGAUGUAAUUUUCUCCGACAAAAUUUGGAUUCUCAAACCCAGUAGGAAAAAAUACGUGAUUUAGAAUAAAUGAGUUUUUCUGUCUCACGUCGCGUCACUCUCUUAAUUUGUUUCUGUUCUCAAAACCACCGUAAAUUUGGCAAACAUUUUCUUCGUUAGUGGCAAAGGCGGUAUGUUCUAAUAUUUGUAGAGCCUUAUUAAAUUUCUAACAUUGUAGAAUACGCUCUAAAUUGAAAAAUAGAUUUCAGUGUGUAGCGCUAGCAUUCUGGACAAGUAAUGAAUGCAUCUUGAACCUAGAGUUAUUAUCAACGUGCGGUGAAAGUUUAUUAGGCGUUUUCCAGGGGCUGAAUUCGUUCCUUUCUCUCUGUAACUGAAUUUUUUUGCCUUUAGCACUUGUACAAAGAAAGAGCAUUGAGAGUAUUUAAAAAGAACACCUAACGCAAGUGUAACACAAGAUUACAUACAGAAAGUUUGCAGCGUGCUGAAACUCGCGAUUUCAUGAGAUUUGGUGCCAUGAAGCAGUUGUUGUAUAACCUUGCAAUAUUCACCGUCUAAUCUCCCUUUCUAAACUCCUACUUGUUUGUUAUUGUUUGUUCUUCAAUCCCAUUGGCCCACAAAAUGGCACUACCACAUACACACCCCCAAAGGAGAUAAUUACAAUUAAGAAUAUAAUGUUUUGAUAGCCUUCAGUUGGCAUAGGAACUCUUCAAGACAUGCAAAUUCAGAAGAGAAGGUGGUUACUACAUUCAAGGGGCUGAAAUGGGUUCAGUUCCUUUUAGGCAACAACAGCCUUUAUCUUUUGUGUGUUCCCCUGUUUAUGAAUUUUUUGUAAACAGUGGGAAACCAAACAAACAUGAAAAAAUCAAAUAUGCAUAUGAAGGUUUUUGUGGUUAAAAGGGGUUGGCCUUGGUACCCUACCAGUUAUUUUGCAGCAAAGAUACUUGUCAUUUUAUUUAGAAUAUUUACAUUUUUCAGUAUAUAGAUAACCUUGGAAUGAUUUGUAAGGGAAUUUUUUUUACCUUCUUUGCAUGGAAAAUUUACCACCUGAGACUGGAAAAACAAAAGCAAAAUGUUUCUGUUCUUAGUAAAAUUGGCAUUGUUCAGAGGGGGGGAGGAGGGGUUGUCAGGCUUAUUGAGCAGAUGCCACACGUACACACUAUUGCACUGAGUAUCAUGCAGAGUUCCAAGCUUGAAUUGUUUUGCUGACUUUGGUGGGCAUGUUAGAUUUUUCAAUAAAGAUUUACCAAUUGGAAACUACUAUGGGUGAUUGGAUGCUCUGUGUUUUGUUGCUGUGUGCUAUGCUUUGAUGUUUUUAUUUUUGAUAUAACUUUUUUGUUCUAUUUAUGAGUGAAAGUUAAAUUUAGAUUAAGUAUUGCAAGAGUUAUGAUUAAGCCUAAGGCUGUUGGUCUGUUGCUUGCACCACCAAAUACAACUGUUAUUGUUAUGUAACAGUUUUCCAAAUUUUAAAGACAAUUGUCUCAUCAGUGGUAUAAAUCAUUAUUGCUUUCUGGUAACCAUUCAAUGAUGUAAGGGCAUUAACUUGCAAAAAUUUGUGUAUGGAGAAAAUUCCAUUAAUUCUUUGCAUUGAUUUAUGAAUUACUGGCUUAAUUUAAUGUAUAUCCAUCUAUUGUAUCUGGAACCUUAUCGUAAUAAAUCAAUUUGAUUAUUUGUUUAUUAAAGUAGUCCAUAUGGUUACCCAAUAAGUAUAUUAAAGAGUAAGUAAUUGAUUAUGCUACAGGUUGAUAUAGAAAUCAAUGGAGAACCAGUGUCACUACAGAUGAAACUUGGUGAUGCAGGAGAGGCAUUUUUCGUUGAAGAAGUAGAUAAUGACCCCUCAGAAUUUGGUACAUCCCCUGUACCAUCUCCUGAGACACUUGAUGAUGCCAAGAAGGAGGAUAUUACAUCUCAAGAGGUGCUUUUUAAUCUUAAGGUUUUUUCUGUUUUGUUUUUUUUUGUUGUUGUUUUUUUUUAAUGAGAUCUUCCAAAAGAAUGAUCUACAGAAUGAAUGAAUGUUCUUAAAAGGGGUUAUGAAUGUAUCUGUAUUGUUUUUUUUCUUUUUUUUUUAAUGUCUAUCCUUGUUUACAAGGUUAAUUUCUUUGGCCUCUCCCUGUCUCCUCUAGUAUGGUACUAUUUACUGUACUCCACUAUACAGGUCCUGUAGUGGUAGGUUAAUGUAAAGGUGUUCAUGUUAUGUCAAAGGAUUGAUCUAUAGUAUAUGAUGUAUUGGUAGCAUUAAGUUGAAGUAGCUUUUAAUUUUGAUCUUUGCCCAUCCUCUCUGAUGCAGCUCUAUAAAGGUCCUAUUUUAGGGAACUGGGAAUACAGGAUUUAAUUUUAAACACUAAUAUCAAUGAAUUACUUGUAAAUGACUGUUUGAUUGGCAUAUCAGUUAUGAAGGCUAGCCCAGUAGUUAUUGCCAUUGAUAUAGACAUUGACACAUUCUUAGACGUAACCUGGAAUCAAGAAAUUUCCUUUACCAGCCUUAGAAGUAAAUGUUACAAGACAUUCAGUUGGGAGAGAAGCUUGCAAUGAGCCAUUUCAAUCCAUUUUUGUUUAUCUUUCAGGAAAUUAUUAGCAACACAAGCAUCAGUACUAAAAACAGUGCAACUAAGCUAGCUGAAAACCCUCAAGAGAAUGUUGUUGACAUGUCUGUCACAGAGGAAGUACCUGCAAAAUCUGUUUACCAAAGAGUACAAGCCCUCAAGGGUGAAGUGGUUUCUGAUAUUGGUUCAGAUGAUAAAAUUUCAGAUAGUAGUGUAGAGGAAGAUAGUAAAGCCAAAGAAGAAACUCCCAGUGAUUCAGAAACUGGGGAGUGUAAAGAAUCAAACAAAGAAGUUACAGAUAGAAGAAUAGUUUCUCCUGUAGAAAAUAAUGCAGAGUCUGACACUAAUGUGGAGGUAAGACUAUGAAAUGACUGACAUUAUGUAGCUUUUGUAGUUUUGUUGUCGUUACCAUGUUUGGAUCCCAAUUGCAUAGCCUGGAUGUGAAACUGUAUAACACCACUUCAACAGCAGUUGGCUUGUGUCAGGAAAUAACACAAUAGUGCAAAUAGUUUCCAACUAGGUGCCUUGCUGGAGUAAAUCCUUAAACAGUGAAAAAGGUCCUGACCAAUCCUGAGACAAUAAAAAGGUAAAGUCAGCUUACCAUCUGACAGUUCAGCGAUACCCAUUUAUACUCCUGAGUGGAGAGAGGAUAUGAGACACUAAGAGAAAAGUAUCUUGUGCAGAAGAUCUGUAUAUACAGGAUGGGUCCAUUGUCUAACAAGUGUGCAAUUAUUUGACUUAUUACAGGCUGUGGUAAGAAACAUAACUUCUAAGUCAGACAGUAUUCCUAUACCAGUGCGACAGAAAGCAGAUCCACAAGAUAUAUCAUCUGAUAGUGAAAUCAUGGUAAUAUAUGAAAUGAUAAUUUACUGAUAAAAAUAGCGUUAAUGAUUGAGUUUCCUUUGAUCAUAUGAGAUAAAAUCCCAAAUGGGCCUGGCCAAAUGUGCUCCGCAUUAGAAGAAAAUGUAAAUUUAAUGAUUGAAUCUUUCUUGUGCACUGAGGACGAUGGAAAUGAAAUGUUAAAGACAUGAACAUAAAUUAAGGAAGACAGGUAGAUAGUAAUUCAUAACUGCAAAUUAUUCUCAACUGUUUGUUGUUCUAUAGAUUUAAAACCUGAUGAUUAUUUGAACAAUUACAAAUUCUCACCUUGGAACUUACCCUAUGAGACUAUGAGUGACUGUUCAAAGCAGCACUUUUAAGCUUAUAUUCAAUAUUAGCUUACAAUUGCUGUUGCUGAGCAUAGCUCUAUAGAUCACUGACAAAGACAGUUUACUUGACGAAUUGAUUUCCACCUCAAUAUUCAGUUCAGUUCAGGCAGGUAUCUGCCAUUACUGACAAUGCUAAGUGGCAUCAUCUAUCUAGCUUGAGCCUGUCAGAGAUGACAGCUCUUGAGUUUCUCCAAGUUCAUCUGUUCAUCUAUGUUUCUUCUUCUGUGAAUAUUGACUUGCCACUGAUCAUGGUGUUUUGGUUCUCUGUCCAGCACACAUGAUUCAUAUCAAAGCCCACUAGGACUUUGAUAACCAUAACAAUAUUGAAUAUGUUUUUUCCCAUUAAUAUGUGAUCAUUUUGAUUUUUUUUAACUCUCCACAUUAUUUUCUGUAAGGAUUAAUACAUGUUCUCACUUAUCAUGUCAUUUUUGAUCUGCAGUAGAGGAAAAGUAGCACCUCAAUUUGCAGAGGGCAAAUUUAAAGCACAAAUUGUAGGAUAAAUUGAUCAUCAAUAGUACUUCAUAUAGUCAGUGCCUAUAGGUAAUAGCUUUAAUGUGCAUUUUUAUUUUAUAUAGUGGGCAGGAUCACACUCACCCUCCAUUCCAAGUGGUUUUAAAAGAGACUUUUACCCACUUUCUGACCUGGACUCACCUAUUGGCUCUCCACCUAGUCAUAGGUAACUGUUUUAAUGUUAUGUUAUUGAACAAAUUCCAGCAGAUUAUUUCCUCUUCGUAUUUUGUCACACAUGUACUGGUGCAUGCUCCCUUGAUAUUUCAUUCAUUGAUCUAACUCCUCUGAUUUUUCCUUUAUUUUAUAACCUGCCAGCAACAAAGAUAAUUUUUCUCUGCUUGGAGAAAGUAGAUAAAAUCCAUUUUUGCUCAAGGUUCUUUUUAUUUAGUGACUUACUGACAAAUUUUAGUUGUUGAUGAUUUAGAGGCUUGUGAUGGUCCUUUCUAGCUCCAGAAGAAAAGUUUUGUUUAGAGUUAAAUUCUCCCAGAAGGAAACCUGAAGCCUCGAGAAAAUGUUGGUGAGCUUGUUGAUCAUAAUGGACUUAAUUUCUUUUGAAGAGACGAGCUAGUUAGCAGUGCUCCAAAUCCUCAGCAUUAUAUGAGUGAUUCUGAGCUGGAGUUACAUCAAAGCCAAGAGAAUAUAGCAAGAGAGAAUCAGAUCAGAUGGGCUUGGGGAAAGCUUCCACAGGUAUUCGUCGCUUGAAGUUUUUGAUAUUACUUGUAGUUCUUGUCUGCAUCUGCAUGCCUUCACCAAGUGGAUCAAGUUUUUCAUGUACAUGUACAUGUAUAUUGUCCUGUAUAUUGUCCUGAAGUAUUACAAGCCCAAUUUGAAGUCCUGGACUUGUAGUAGCAAAAUUCCUUAUCCAUCUGCAUUUGGAAACAGUAUUGCUGUAAGUUUGAAUUAGAUGGGUUGUGCUAAGCAAAGCUCAUUCAACUUUCAAAGGCAUGAAACAAGCUGAAACAAGCAAGAAUGUUGCAAAGAGUUUUUCAGGACUUGCAUUCCAUUGAUUUACUGCAGCCAGUUUCCAUUGGGAAGUUUUAAGAUUAGUAUGAUUAUUUUUGCCAGAACAAGUUUUCGUGUGAAGUGAAAAUGAGAUGUUUUUCUCUGAAAGUUGCCAGUUGAGUAAGUAAGUAAGUAAGUAAGUAAGUAAGCAAAUUGAUCUAAAAGAUAUCUUUUAAGAUUUCUGACUUUUCAGUCAAUAAUUGUGUGGAAUUUUGACCUUAGGGUCCAGAUGGACGAUCACUGCCUGACAGGAAAUCUUCAGGUCUGCAGAAAAUAAUUGAUGCAAAAAGAACUUUGUAGCACUUGUUAUGAUAGACACUUUUAGGGUUUUGUUCUAUUAGAUGGGACUAGACUUAACUCUUGAGUCUGUAAUAUCAGUUUGUGUAUUCUCCAUACUGUUCUGUUUAAAUUUCCAUUGGUAUUGACCUGGGGAAUUUGUCUAACAAUUAAGAGCUUCUUAAGGGGGUGAUCAUUUCCUUUAUUCUUGUGACUUAAGUGUUUGAUUCAGCAGUAAUACUUUCAGGAGAAAUUAGAUGCUAUUAAACCUUAGAUGUUAAAGGGUUUAUUGAAAUUUGGCACAGCUGAGUAUUGGGUAUUUUGUAGAUCAGAGCCAUUUGUAAUCUGUUUGAAGAUGCAAAAAUAAGACUUUUUUUACCCCAAAGUAAUCUCUGAAUUACUUUCUGAACAGAUUUAAGGAAAGAAGACAUUAAACAUGUCCACAAAGCAAAGAGGAGAGAAGGAUCAUUCAAAUCACACAGCAAGGUGUAGUUUAUUAAUCAAGUGUAAUGUUUGAAUGAAGCUGUAGUUAAAGUAUGUAAUUACAUCUUUUAAGUUCUAUCUAUGAAGGUUUUGCCCUUGUACAGUAGUUGCAUACUGAUUCUAAAAGCCCCUAAAGCAUGUUUAAUUUAAUGAUGCUCCCUGAAAUACAAAGGAAAUUGAGCAAAGAAUGCUGAAUGCAUAAACAUAACUAUUUCUUGUGCUGUUAUCAUGUAAUCAUGUGUCACAGAUAAAACUUCAGCAUAUAUUAACAGUCACUGUAAGUGAAUAUUAUCAUUGCUAGAGAAAGGCUGAUAGAACUGUGAGAUUAGUAUGUAAGUAACAAGAAUUUUUAAAUCCUUAGUCAUCUGUCAUACUGAUAUUUUCCAUGCUGUGCUCAGGAUUAGUGUUUAACUUACUUUGUAGUAAUUCUCUGUUUGAUUGCCAUGUCAUAUUUAAAGUGAACUUUUCAACAGGUUGGUGGCAAGGAAGGAAUUCUCCUGGAUGAUCUCAGGACUGUAGACUAUGAAGUAGCAGCUCUGUACCUACAUCAGGCCUUGUAAGGGUUCACUUUGACACCAUUUUUUCAUAACAUUAAAUUACCAGUAAAAAAAAUUAGUGGAAAUGUAAUUUAAGAGCUCUUGCAGUAGUGCGCUCAGUCCAUUGUCAAGUUCUGAAUUGACACUUCAAUUUAUGAUUACAGUGGAGUUUUUGUAUUGUGUUCAUUUGCAAGAGAAUCAGUUGACUCUCACAUUUCGACCCUCCAACAUACAAACUUGACAGAACUCAUGGAAAAUCUUGUAACAUUUAGGAACAUCUCAUCUAGGAGAGUACCAAUUACUACAGUAUGGCACAUAUGCACUGCAGCACCACAUCUGUCUCAAGUGUACACACUCUUUUGAAUUAAAGAAAAAUUGUGUUCACAAAACAUUUCCAAAACUGAUUGUAAAUUGGCUGUUCAGUACUCUAAAUCAAGCAAUUAGAACUCAUUAAGGGGCUUCAAGACAAAAGUUCUUACAGUGAAACAAGAAAGACUGUGUAUUGGGCAUUGCACUAGAAGUAUUUUAUAAUUUUACCAAUGUUAAUGGUAGAUCAGCCGAGCAAAAUAUUUGAGCUCCAGAGAGGAAGAUGUCACUGUAACAUCUUUCUUGAAUUUACAGAGACUCUAAACUACAACAACAACAACAACACAGUGGCUCAGGAUCUGAAGACAGGGAGUCUGGUAUAGGACAGUCAUUGCCAAGUUCACCCAUAGCUGGGGAAGGACCAAAGGAAACAACGUAAUUAUUACUAUAACUCAGUACUUUCUGGCUGUAAAAUUGCAUUCUUGUUUUUGUUUUAUGUCCCAACCUUUUGCCUCUAAUACAUUGAUUCAUAAUUUUCCCAUCUUGGUGCUUUAGUCUUCCUUGUAAAUUAUUGGGGGAAUUUGGUGUUAUAUCAACAUCCUUUAUGUGAGGGGCUUAUCUUUGAUCCAGACUUCAUUUAUUCCUAGUAAUUUUUAUUAGUGAAAUAGCAUCUUAAAUGAUAACAUGAAUCUCAUUACUCUUUUCCUCAAACUAUGAAAUUUUCCUCAAUAGAGAGGAAUAUCAUGACAUUGCCAUGUCACUGUGUGGAGAGUUAAGAAAUGGUAAAGUAUCACUUGGUAAGUUGAAAAAUAAAGAAUGAAAUGAGUGCCAGUAUUGACAGCAUUGAAAUAUUCUGAAUGUGGUGUACAUGUUUCAAGAUGUUUGUUACAUUGCUCUAGAUCUUUUUAACAAAUGGAACUCUUUGAGAAGUAUCAUUUGGAGUAUUUAAACUGAAGAGUCAGAAAGCUUUGUGCCAUAUGUUCUUUAUAAAUCUAGGGCCAUCCUUGAAAAGUUAUUUAAAAUAUCAAAUAUCUACAAAGGGUUAUAAUUUAAAGUGAUAUGAUCAUAUUCCUGCUGUUGGAAAUGGCAGGGUGAUACAAUGUCAAUGGGAAUUGCUCAGCAUAAAUUGUGAUGUCUUUUUGGUUUCACAGAGAGUUUUAUACAGUCAAUAGUGACAUUUGAUGACCUGAGUAACAAUCCUGCAAUACUGUCAGAUCCCAAACUUGUUAUUAGAAUCAAUGACAGGUAUUAUUUUGUAUAUUAUCAUUUUUCUUAAUUGAGAUACCCAGUCUUCAUAUUUAAGAACUUUUUCUCUUCACAUCAUGCCUUUUUGUUUGAAAAAGUAAUUUAUAACUUUUUCAAACUGUCUGAUUUACAUUUCUUUAGCUCCGAAAAUUUGAAGAUGAAUCAGUCAGUUUCCACAAGUGGAUGAAUUGCUUUAUUCUUACCUGUAGGCCUGACAUUGUGAUAAUCAGUUCUUAUUUCAAGGAAUUGCUUAGUAGCCACCCCUGGGAGUGAAAAGGUUAUGGGACACAAUUAACUUUUUCAGCAUUCUUCUCCACAUGAGAUUUCAAUUGGUUAUUGGAAAACUGUUAGCAGUUGUUUUAAAAAGUUUGGGCUACCUGUGAUGGAUUAGAUGGAUUCAGAGGGCAUUUUCUUUAUCACCAGUUUAGCUUGGAGGUCAUUGUAAGCCAUGUUUGUAAGCCUCUCAUACAAAAAUUUAUGAAGUUGUUUAUUAACCCUUUGACCAAGACAGAAUUUCUCCCAACAAUAUCUGUAUCAAUGCAAUAUCAAGCAGACAAGUGAUAAGAUUAUCAUACAUUAGACUUGCUAAGAAAACUCUGCUUGGUUGAGAGUAAACAGUCAAUCUACAGUAGCAUGUGAAGUUGAUGGGAUAACCCAAUAUCUGCAGUGGAUGUUGGGUUAUCAUGCUGAGUUCAAAGUCUGUCUAGUUGCCAACCCCAUUGUCCGUGUAAUGUUCUCAAACUUUGGCAAACUCAGAGAGGAGUGUCUUCUUUUGCAGAUUGUUCAAUAAAUGUAUAAUAAAACAUUUAUUGAGUUUGGUUUUUUUGCAUGAUUUCAAACCUCGUGUCUGCGUUAUCUGCCUCAGUAUUCAGCUUCGGCAGAUAACUUAGACCUCAGUGCUGAUAAUUCAUGAUAUCGUGCUCAACCUCAUCCAAUAAUUGCUUGAUAAUACCAUACCAAAUUCUCUAAAGUAUCAUUAUAAGAAGUGUAUGGCAAAGAGUAAGGAGAAUUAGAAAUAAGAUCUUGGAAGUGAAUGGGUUUAUUGACUGUGUACACCUGUUUGUGCAAUAUAAUGUCUUUUUAAUAUACUGAAUAACCUUCAUUUGUGUGCAGAUAUUACAACUGGCAGAUUGCUGCUCCCAUGUUGAUGUCUCACGUUGUUUUCCAAAGACCCCUUCGACAAGUAAGAGUUUGGUUGAGUUCAAAAGGGCAAAAUCAAUUCCCAACUCUAUGAUAUUUUAUGGUUUAUUACAUCCACUCUGACUGGCUUUCAGUUGUCUUGAUGACACUGUCAGAGUGCUAGACUGUAUUCGCUGUACUUGCUUAUUGCUGUUGUAUGGAACCAAUUGAAGCUAUUAUUUUCUUUAGGCUUAGUUUCUCAAUUCAAGCUAUUGUUUUCUUUAGGCUUACUUUCACAGUUGCUUUUCAUAGUUAUGAUGAUCUUUCAUUUUUCAAAGUCUCUAUUAUGCUGGUGAAAUAUGAGGUUAAAUAUUUUUUGUUUGGAAAAAUAUAACACACAAGAGAGGUUUCACAGUUGAAAUUUUCUUUACAGGAUACAUGCCAGUCCCUGAUAAAACAACAUAUGCCAAAGAAGGUGAGGACUAAGUGAAAGUUGGUGUGAAGUGAUUCACAUGAUUUGCAUGUUUUUCAAUUCAAAGUUUGCUCUAGGCCCUUUGAAUGGUGUCUCAGUACUGGGAAGUGUCCUUGUACUUUUGUUUCAUUUUCUCUCUUAAAAGGACUUAAUGAUGUGAUCAUACAAGGCUUUGAUUUAAUAAACUUAGCUACUACCUUGGACAGUGAAAUAAUUAUAUUUUAACCUUUGGGCAUCAAAUACAGUGUAUAACGAUAAGUUUGGGUUAAAAAGCCUAUUUAUUACUUCAAUGUAAACCAAGCAGUGACAAAUUCAAAAGACUGAAGAAAUAGCUGACUGUACCCCAAAUGCGCAUAUUGUAAUGAGUUCAAUUGCACGUGCUUAUGUUUGCUGCUUCUAUAUAGCCAGAUAAUUAAUGCUGGCAUACUUCAAACAGUAUUUUGUCACUCAGUGCAUCUGUAAUCAACUCUUCUUUCCUUUUUUCUUCCCAGGAAAAAAGAAGAAGCUAUUGGUUUUCUUGGAGAGCUAAUGAGGAGAAGGUAAAACAAAAUUAAACUUAUGUGACUUGGAUGUUGUCCACCUUUAAGCAGCUCUUGUAAAUUUGUGAUCUACUAAGGGGUAAGAAAAACCAUUAACAAAAGCAGUGGUAAAUUGUGCCAUUCACUUUUGCACUCAGUGUUACUUGCCUAAUGAUGAUGUUGCUUGUAAGUAUCUGCACCUCAUACCUGUGUAAAAUAUUUCAGAGUUCAGACGAAGAGAAUGAAGAUAUAAAGAAGGAUAAGCCACGCCCAAGGGUGCAUAGUAGUGGUGCAAGAAAACAAAUGUCUGCCCCAGAGAUGGAAAGGGAGGAGGAUGACAAUGAAAACAGGGCAAGAAAAGUAUCUGGGUGCAUCAGUGGCAAUGAAUCAGAUGCAUCCCCUAAGGAGAAUUACAGGAAAGUCACAAGGUUAUCCUCUGAACAAAUUGUGAGUACCUCUGAGAUUUAGCCAGUUGCCAUUUCUUUUAAUGGAAAAAUACUAUUUUGCAUGCAACAUCAUUGUUGCACUUUGCAACUAAUGAAGUUGAGUCUCACUUAUUUUCUUUGGUGGCAUUUCGACUGAAAUUCCACAUCUGCCGGAACUGUAAACAUCAGCUCAUAAUCAAUCAACUGGUUAAUGAACUUUUUCAUAAUGAAGAAACAGUGGAAGAUGAUUUACUAUUUCAAAGGAAGUUACAUGGUCUAGAAAUGUGAUUCAGAGAAGAAAUUAUACUCCCUUAUCAGUGCGCAAAUCUUUCUUCUCUAUAGAUACUACAAGGCCCUUUUUUUUGCUUAAUAAGAAAUAAACUUUCUGCUCCAACCAGUAUAACUGAAGUGUGUUAUAAUACCAACCUAUGAAAUGCUUUAACUCACUUUAAGUUUCCUUUAUGUACAUAGUUGUAGCACUGUAAGAAAGUAUUUUUUUGUUUGAUGAAAGCCUGUGUGGCAAAAUGUCUUGCACAAAUAUGAGAUGUCUACUGAGAUUCUUGUGGACUCUCAAAGCAUUAAUUCCAUAGGUUAAAAAAUUCAUUUCCAUUCUCAACAGGCAAGUUUGAAUCUAAAAGAAGGGGCAAACAGUGUAACAUUCUCUGUAACCACAAAAUACCAGGUACAGUAGUGUUUAUGUAAGUAUUCUUUGAAAUUUACACUCAUCUUGGAAAGUUUAUGACAUGGUUUAAGUGCAUUUUGUGUAUUUUAGGGCACUGCGAUGUGUACAGCAACCAUCUACCUAUGGAAUUUCAAAGAUAAGAUUGUUAUUUCUGACAUUGAUGGGACAAUAACCAAGUGAGUCCCUCUAAAAACUGUAGUAAAUGUAUUAUGAUGUUCAAAAACUUUGUAGUUUUUAAGCAUUAAAGCUGGAAAGCUUCUUGAGUUACUCCAAAAAGUUGAUGACUUAUGAUUGGGGCCCAGUUGUUCAAAGGAUGGAUAGCACUAUCCAAUAGAUAAAUCUCUAUCCAGCAAAUAAAUGUUAACAAAAUGUAUAGCAUUAUCCCCAUGGAUAGAGAUUUAUCCAGUAGAUAGAGUUGUUCGGCCUUUGAACAAAUGGUGCUGGGUUGUCAAAAAAUUAUUCCCUGUUGUAGAGAGCAGUUCCUUUGGGGACUACCCUCACCCAAACGAUCAGGCUAGAAGAUGACUGUUUCUCCCAUGCCCCAACCAUGUAUUGUAGUAUCUUCAUUAAUAACUCACUCCUACUGCAGGUGCAGUUGGCUAGAUCAAUAUCGUUUGGUCACUCGUUGCACUGUGUUCUUUAACAGUAUAUUCAACUUGACAAUAACUGAUUGGCUUAAAGGCCAAAAGAAAUACUGAAACCUCAAAUUACAUUUUGUUGGAAAUAGGUUAAACCUCUUCCCCCCCACCCCUUCCCCCACCAAUGUUAGAUAGUAGCAGAAUAAAAGCUGUUGACACAACAUUGUAUAGGGAUGUGGAGGCGCAAAAUGCAAAGAGAGUGAAGUUUUUCAAUGCUUUUGGCCAAGAUCGUAGGUCUAGCACUACCUUUGUGUUCAAUGAAAGAAAGAAAGAAAGAAAGGAACUUGAUUUGUAACGGGCAGGAAAUGGAACAUGAAAUGAAACAAAGAAAAUUCAUUGAACUCCGAGACUCGUUCAAAUUUCAAGACUACUUGAUUUUGUUGAAAAGUACGUUUGUUACUAUUACCGAUUGUAUUAUGAUCGAUUUUCUGUGGUUAUCUUUUUAAUUAUAUGUUAGAUCUGAUGUAUUGGGUCAGAUUUUGCCAGUGGUGGGACAAGCUUGGGCUCAGUCAGGGGUGGUAUGUAUUGAUAUCUAUGUAGUCUAUGACGUCAGUUUAUUUUUGUGUGAACAGUAGGAAUAAAAAACGCAGACGUUCAUCAACUUGAGGAUGUACUUUGAUGUCAGUAAAGCGAAUUCCCUUAGCCAGUCAUUUCCAAGGAUAGCUCUUUUGGUCCUGUGAAAGGAGAAUAUUUGGAAAAUAAUCCGGUACGGUGGAGAAAAAAGAUGCAAAGUGGUUUAUCUUGUAUUAUUUCAGGCUCACUUCUUUUGUAAGAUCCAGAAGAAUGGUUAUAAAGUUCUUUACCUGUCAGCUCGAGCUAUUGGACAGGUAUGAUUUGUUAAUUUGAUUUUCUUUAAGCUUAUGCAUACAAUCUUUUCUACUUUUCAGAAGUGAUUUUCGCUGUGAAUGAAAUGGUUUUACCAGGAGUUCUGUAGCUCACUAUCAUCGGUGCAGAAGUAUCAUAAGCUUUUUAAAGUUUAUUCAGUGCAGUUGCAUGUUCUCUCGAUCUUUGAAUUUUCGACUCGGGUAUUUCGAACAUUCGUCUCCAGUGAAUAUGCAACGAGGAAGUUACCUAGGUCGUUUACGCAGCUCGAAUGAUUUAAAAAAUGUCGACUUUUUAUGAACAUUUAGGCACAGCAGACCAGAGACUACCUGAAGAGUGUAAAGCAAGAUCAGCUGAUGUUACCUGAUGGACCGCUUCUCCUGUCACCUGAAUCGCUUAUCAAAGCUUUUCACAGGUAUCAAAGCAACAUUCAAAUACAACAGCAAUAAAAAAUUGACCUGGAUCGAGAAGCACUUCGUAGUGCUGCUCACUAACCAUACGAGGAAAAUCGAGAAACUCCUUCCUUUCAUUUCAUUUGGUUUCAAUCAAACAGCGUUUGUACGCAUUGCACGUGGCAUCGAGAUUCUUUUUCUUUUUUUAUCAAUUUGUCUUUAUGUCUCAACUUGAAUAUCUUUUCCGUAUUGUAAGGUAGUUUCCUUCGCAGGCGUUGUGUCAUCUCGUCACCAAACGUGGCAGACGAGAGGGUGUUGUGUGACGAAACCAAACAACAGCUUUUAACGAGACAAUCUGUGCGGCCGAUUUCGUUUUUGAAACAGUAUUUAAAAGAAAUUGUUUUGUUUUGUUUUGUUUUUUGCCAUUUUUCAGAGAAGUGAUCGAAAAGAAACCAGAGGAGUUUAAGAUUGCCUGUUUGAGAGACAUCCAAAGCUUGUUUCCAACAAAUAGAAAUCCUUUUUAUGCUGGAUUUGGUAAUAAAGUUAAUGUAAGUGUAUUUAGUUUAGCAGCUAUAAAAUUGAUCUUUACUUUGAUUUGGUGAGACUUGUUUACAAUUGGUGAAUUUCCUUGGACCGACAACAUAUAAUCUUUGUUAUAGUAGAAGACAUGCACUAAUUAAGGAACCCUGGCGAGUAGCGCAAGAAAUCGUAAAACUAUUACUACAUGUUGUAGAUAAUUUAAAAACGUAAUAAAAUUAGUACCUAGUGCGGGGAAAAGAAAAGCAGACACCAAGCGCGGCCGGGAAAACCAUAGCAUUGGUACCUACUUUGGGUAAACUUGGAAUUUGCUUCAAAUACGGGAAAACAUGAAGUAAAGGCAGAUGAAGUGAUACAAAUAACACCGUGUGUUUUAAAUAGUACUUCCUGGUUUUUAUUUUUUAUGGCGAUGCAAUGGCAAAUGCGCGUUAAAUUGACUUAUCAAUUUUCCACUUAGGACGUUCUUUCCUACCGUGCAGUCGGAAUAUCUGUGUCUAGGAUUUUCACUAUAAAUCACAGGGUAAGUUUUAUUUGGAUCUUCUUCUUCUUCAAGUUUGAAACGCCCGACCAACGUCGGAGCCCCACCAACAUUUAAGUCCGAGUCACAUUCGAGCCCAUGGAAAGUACACCAGAAUCACUCAUAAGCAAGCCGGCUCGUUGCUGAGAAAGUAACCAAAGACAUCAUAGGGACAUUUUUCCCCUCGAAUCUACCUUUAAUGGGCUUUUUAAACCCUUGUUGAGAUCAUUUAAGCAAAUACUUUUUUUUGAGCUUAAUUAGAAUAUUAUUGCUUUUUGUCUGCGAUUGUCUCCACCGCUACGUUGAAAGGAAAGUCUGUAGUAAAAGCAAGAGGAGAGAAUAUUUAACGUCUGCCAACGGCUCGUUCCAUAGUCUAGUGGAAAAACGAACGCCAAAAGUAACACGAAUGGUAAAAGAGUCUUCAAUUAUUAAUGGCUUUCAUUAUGUUAUCUUUACCAGGGUGAAGUGACACAUGACCUCACCUCUGCUUUUCAAACGUCGUGAGUAUUUUUUUUAACUGGAAAGAGGGCCGCAACUUCUUAACCCACCUGUUUUGUCAGUUUAGUAGCCCUUCUCUUUCCUCCCCUUCACCCCCCCUUCCUAUCCCCCAUCGUCCCCCUUCCCCUUCUUCCCCCCCCCAUCAUUGGAUAAUCAUGGGUUCCUAAUGACUCGGUGAACAAGUCAGAUUUCCAAACAAGGGACAUGGUGCCGGCACAAAACAAAACGCAAGGAAAGUUGUAACGUGCGCGGGGGGCUGGAAUGCACCUGCGUUGGAAGCUGCGUGAGAAUAUGCUGAUAUGAAUCAAAGAAAUUACUUGUUGGUGUCUGUCAGGAAUGAAUAGGUUAAAUAAUUAUUUGGUUUCCUUCAGGUACAUCAAACUUAGUGACUUGGUGGACCAAAUGUUCCCGCCAUUCAAAAUGGAAGAUCUUCGUCCAGCGGGGCUGAUAGCACCAGACCAAUUUAGUUCUUUUACAUAUUGGAGAGCGCCACUUCCAAGGAUCUCUAUGGAUGAACUUAGCGAUGCUGAUGGGGACGGAAGUCAAGGGACAGUUUCCAACCAAAUAUAGAGUUCAACAUUUAGACGGUACGGAAUUUAUGCACAACGUGUUUGAUACAAUGCAACAAUUUUUCGUUUCAAUUUUUCCAGAUCCGAAGAAGCAACGUUUAUAGGUGGUUAUAAAUUAACUGAGAUACUACGAGCGCCCUGAUUGUAAAAACCUAUCGCUCAUUGCAUGUUAAAAAAGCAAUAAACCACACUUUCCAUCAGUUUACCGCUGUAGAAGCCCGCUUGCGUGAGUUACUACGACAGUAAACCGAUAGCAAGUGCGGCCUAUUGCUGAAAUAGCUUUACCUUGUGUGGCAUGUGAAGUCAUACAUUAUAUUUCCCUCUGCAAAUGUGUCCAAAGGAUAAGUGGACACAUGUUACGACGAACAAUUUCUGAGCGAUAAUGUUCUGGAAAUGAAAUUUGCAAUAAUCAUUGAAGUAAACGGGCGAGUUUAAUGAAAAAAUACUCUUUUGCAGGUAGACCAGAAAAUAUGAUUGUAAAACAACAAAUGCUGAAACCCAUUAAUUGUAAGGUAUUAUGGUUAUUUCUUUAUUUUCUUAGCGUAUUUAAAUUUUUUUGUAAAAAUAGGUAAAUUUGAAAAUUUGUUAAGGUUAGAAACUAAUUGAAAUUUAUACCAAAUCUAAUACGAUCCUGAUGGUUUUUAUGUUCACGUUAAAUUAUUGUGUAAAUUAAGUUUAGGUGAAAAUUUUCCUGUUAUGAAAGAAUUGUGUUUAUAGAUAUUACAAAAUUAUUGUAAAUAGCAUCAACUAGGUUUUAUUAUGAUCCAUAGAUAUGACAUUUCCUCAGCCCCAUUACCACUUUAGCUGCGUAUUUUAUACUCGUCUUUUACUCCCUUCUUAGCUGAUUUCUCGCUAUGCAUUAGAGCUGGGUUUUAUAGUGAAUAGUUUUGCUGGAUGUUGUUUAUCAAGCGAAGCUCUCGAUGUUGUUGACAUACAGACAAGUGAAUUUUACUGACAUUGAAGCAGUUUUCAAUUGAGUGUCGAUAAAAGAAAACCAAAGUUGUCAGUGACCAACGAGAACCGAGAUUAACAUCAUCACCAGCCAAUGAGGACAAGUGUAAACGGGCAAACUGCUUAAAGCGCGGGAAAAGACGAAUGACCAUGUCGCAAUGGUGUUAAGUUUUGCAUCUGAUUGGUGGGAGGUUGGCGCCAGUUUUCUAGGCCAACCAAAAGCAAAGGAAAUUAAACCCAGAGCAAUCCCGGAUUACUUUCGACCCUCAAUUGAAAAUUUCUCCGUAUGGAUAUAAAACGUAGCGCAGUUUGGUCUGCUGUGAGACGUGUUUGUAUUUGCUCGAAUGGCAAACGUGAUUAUGAUGAACAUUUAGGUAAAAUUUCUACGUUUUUUCUUUGGCACAUGGGAUAUAAAUUGAUAGCCCUAAAUUUGAAGAAUAAUUUUGAGAAGGUCAUCAAAGAAAGGGACUAAUAUAUGAUUGUAAGCACCAUAAGCCAUACUAUACCAAAAACAGAGAUAAUCUAUCUUUGCUACAUAGGUGAAGAACUUCUCCUUACGUAAUACGAGUUUUUCAGUGAGGGAAAUAAUAUGGAGUUGAAUAUUUAAUAACCUAAACGCUGUAAUUUCUGAGUUCAACGACAGUCUCCUCAGAGGGUCUCAAUGAGGCGAUGGCUUUAACGGCUAACAAUUUUGACCAUUUUGCGUCUAACGAUUAAAUCAUCCAUUGCUGUGAUAAGAAUUUUUUUUACGACAAUUAGUUAAGAUUUAUCA